GUAAUUUGUAACAGUACGCUUCUGUUCAUAUUAUUUAUUUCGUCCUCGAUAACUGUGCUGGUGCGCUCAGAACCAACCGUCGCGCCUCGCGCAAUGAACUACCCUUUGGGAACAGUUAACCGAAACUGCCUGCUUAACCGUGUAGCUUCAAUGCAUCUUCACUGCUAUGUACAUCGGAAACCAUCCACUCUCACCUCGCAUAUCGGCACACAUUCACAUGCCUCGCCUCGAGGCCUUAUACAGCUUAUGCAAGCAAUGCAGACACCGCACGAGGCAAUGGGUCAUGCACCCGGCUUAGGUACCACCGAUGUUCCACCUGAGACCGAUCUUGAGAAGGCCGCGCAGCGGGUGCGGGAUUUAGAGCAGCAAGCCAUUGAAUUGCACGAGCUCGCUCAGCGCUACAACAAAGAAGGCCGCUUUCAGGACGCCCAGGCCGCCUACGCGCGCAUGCACGAGCUGGAGGACGCCGCCAGCGCUCUGAGCACCCGCGUGGGCUGCGUGGCGUGUGUGCUUGGAGAGCGGGGGGGAGCGGGCGGGCAGGGGGAGCAGCCCUCCCUCUGCAGUUUGGAUCCGGAUGUGCUGCUGCCGUACCAGCACCUCCACCCCCUACCCCCCUUCAUGCAACACUCACCGCAGCAGCAACAGCAGCAGCAGCCACUGCUACAACCUACACCGCAGUUGCUAGAGGCGCCAGCAUCAGGAGCCCCGGCAGCAGCACCGGACAGGCACACUGAGGGGCCAGGCAUCGGGCCCGCCUCGGACUGGCUGGCUGCUCGAUGCGUGGGGAGUGUGGUGGGGUCCCUGCUGGGGGACGCGGCGGCCAUGGGGGUGCACUGGGUGUACGACACGGGCCUAUUGGAGCAGCUGGAGGCGGAGAGGAGCGGGGGAAGGAGCAGCCAGAUUGCUGCCGCCGUCACCCCCACUGCUGGCCCCACUCCCUCCGCUGCCGCCGCACCUCCUCCUCUCGCCCCCUUGGACCACCCCCUCCACUUCGGCCUAGAGUUCCAGGAUCCCCCCCGCAGCCCCUUCUACGCCUACCCGCCCGGCGCCAACUCGCCCUACGGCGAGCAGACUCGCGUGCUGCUGCGCUGCCUAGCGGAGGGAGGCGGGCUGCACUGCGGGGGCUAUGCGGCGGCCUUUGAGGGCGCGUUCGGUCCGGCCAGCGGCUUCAGCGGCUACCGGGAUGUGUCCACCAAGGCGUUCUUGCGCAACUACGCUCGUGGGCUGCCGCCGCCCCUCUCAGGCGCGGCGGACGCGCAAGCCAACUGCAUCGCCCGACUGGCCCCGCUGGUGGCCGCGUUUGGGGCCGCAGCGCCGCCGCCGCUUUCACCGCCUUCAACGCCGUCCCCGCCCCCUCCCUCGCAGCCGUUGCAGGGAGCUGCGGCUCCUUCGUCCUCAGCCCCAUCCUCCCCCUCUACCUGCGCUCCCGCUAGCAGUAUUGGUGUGCUACUGGAGGGUAGGCAGGUGGAGGAGGAGGGGCGACAGCAGCAAUCGCAGCAGGAAGCGGAGGCGGAGACGCGCGGGCUGUUGCUGCGGUGUGUGGAGCUGGCCACACGCGUCACUCAGAACUCGGACGCCGCUGUGGCCUGGGCGUGUAUUGGCGCGGUGGUGCUUGAGCAGGUGCUGCUGGGGGCGUCAGCGGAGGAGGCUGUACGACAUGCCGUACAAGACCUGCAGUCGCCGCAGGGCCGCCUGGCGCCCUCUUGCGGCCCGCUUGCUCCCGAGCUGGCAUCUCACCUGCUCCGCGUCCUGGAGCUCCGUACGACUCCUGUACCGGAGGCGGUUGCCGUACUGGGUCGCAACUGCCACAUGCCCAACGCGCUGCAGACGCCGCUCCAGGUGGUGCUGUACACAGAGCACAUGGCCUCGCAGCUGAGCAGCAGCAGCAGUGCCGAUACCAGGCCGAGCAAUGACAGUAACGGCAGCAAUGGGAGCAGCAGUACAGUGUGUGGCGGGAGCGGUGAGGGUACGAGCAGCAGCAUGCAGACGGAAUUGACCAGCCCCAGCAGGGGGGCUUCCCUGCCUCCUGAGGCCUAUGUGUGGGGGGUGCGGCUGGCAGUGCGGGAAGGGGGCUGCUGUGCCAGUAGGGCUGCGUACGUGGGAGCUUGCUUGGGGGCUAUGGUG